AUGCCCAGCAGUCACCUGUUGCUUUGCGUCUACAUCGUCACCUUCCUCAUGGGGGUGCCUGCCAACAUCCUGGCAUUUUGCACAUUUUGUCGCAAGGUGCGAUGCAAGCCCACCCCAAUAGACAUCCUCCUCCUCAACCUCACCAUCUCAGACCUCAUCUUCCUGGCCUUCCUGCCGUUCAAGAUGAAGGAGGCCUCGGAUAACAUGACCUGGAGCCUGCCCUACUUCCUCUGCCCGCUCACCGGCUUCCUGUUUUAUGCCACCAUUUACAACAGCACCCUGCUUCUGACGGCGGUCAGUGUCGAGCGCUACCUGGGGGUGGCCUUCCCGUUCAGGUACUCCCUGUGUCGCAGGCCCCGCUAUGCCGUGGUGGCUAGCGUCCUCUUCUGGGUGGUGUCCUUUCUGAACCUCAGCAUCGUGUACAUUGUGCCCUGCUCCAGGCUAAUGGGCGAUACUGCCACAGAUGCCAACAUCACGGCCACCCCUCUUCCCCCGCCAACGACCUGCUACCUGGAUUUCACAGAAGACCAGCUCCAAAUCCUGCUGCCGGUCCGUCUAGAACUCUUCCUUGUUCUCUUCUGUGUCCCCUUCAUCAUCUGCUGCUUCUGCUAUGUCAACUUCAUCCUCAUCCUGUCCCGCCUCCCCAAAAUCAGCAGGCGGCGGCGACUGCGCGCCAUCGGUCUGGCCCUUGGCACCCUGCUGGUGUUUGCCGUCUGCUUCGGCCCAUACAACACCUCCCACGUGGUGGGGUUCAUCCGCAAAGACAGUGAGAGUUGGAGGGACGUGGCCUUGCUGUCCAGUACCUUCAACGCCUGCCUGGAUCCCAUCAUCUUCUACUUUUCCUCAGCGGCCGUGAGAAACAUGCUAAAUCACUGUCUCAAGAACCUGAUGGCAAAACUGUACAUAUUUAGGUGUGGAAGGGUCAACUGCUGCAUUCAGGAUGGGACCCUCCAAGAUGGACAAAUAUAA